AUGGAUGAAUUCAAGGGUGGAGGAUCGACUGGAUCGAGAGUACCGAGUGCGGUGAAAAUAUUCUACGAGCACCUCACGGAGGAGGGGGGCACGAGCGAAGACAAGGAGCUAUCGGCCGACUUCAAGGCCGCGGUGGAGCGAUCGAUGAAGACGCUGAAGGGGACGGAUACUGUAGAGAUAGAGCUAGAGUUGAAGAGCAAGACGACGGGGAGGCGGGUAAGUGUGAUGGAGAGCAAGAAGCUGGAGCGGCUGCUUUCGCGGAUAUAUGUCGAGGUCGAGCGACAGAAGACGGUUCGGGACGAGCUGCUCGUCCAAGUCGAGGUCUCCAUACUUGGCUUCAGCAAGCUCCCUCGGGCCCACUCCGCCUUCAAUCCCUCCUCCCGCUCCUCCAACCACCCCGACCGCCAUUUCGAGACUCUCGCUCUCGGUGGCACUUUCGAUCACUUGCAUUCCGGACACAAGAUCCUUCUGACUAUCGCGGCUUGGUUGACCACUCGUAGAUUGAUCAUCGGGAUUACCGAUGACGAACUGUUAAAAAAUAAGCAGCAUGCGAGGCGGUUGGAGUCUCUUGAAGAGCGGCAGAACACCGUACGAAGCUUCCUGGAACGGGUCGGGCCACAAGAUCUGCAGAUUGAGACGCCGAGGCUGAAAGAUGUGUACGGUCCGACGGCCUCGGACCCAGACAUUGAUGCACUCCUUGUCUCCCAGGAGACCCUCCCCGGUGCCCAGGCCAUCGACGACAUCCGGAUCCAGAACGGCCUCAACCCACUCGCUCGUUACGUCAUCGACGUCAUCAGUGAUCAUCAAACAUUCCUGCCUGACAAUCAUGACCUUAAACAACUGAAGAUCAGUAGCACCCAUAUUCGCGCCUGGAUUGACUCUCGUCAAACCACAAAUUCCCUUCCAAACAACUAA